ACCUCCGGCAAAGCAACCUGAUGGCCCUAAUCUCCCUACUCCACUUCCGUCAAGAUCUCACCACCAGUCACCGCCUCAUCUAGUCAUCUCUUCCGCUGAACAGAAGCAACAAAGCAGCCUGACCGACUCUUAACAACCACAUGAAUCAAAUGGCGGAUCUUGUUCAGAAGCUCUCUUCGGAGCUCCGCUCGGGCCUUCGACCAACCUACGACAAUUUCAUGGGAUUCUUCUAUGCAAUCGAUUGGAAGAAUGCUGCCAAGCUCCGUCAAGAUUACCCAACACCACUCUCCCCUCCUCUGCUGUCAAUCUCAAAGGACAUAGAGCUGGCGAGAGCCAUGAUUACUUCUUCAAAAUCAAGCCUCUUUGCUCUGUCAAGAAGUGAUGUCUUAUAUGAAGACGAAUGGCUCAUGGCGGUGAACAAGCCUCAGGGGAUUUAUUAUGAGAACGUGCUGGGAUCGGUUCCUAGGCUUCUCAGUGACUUGGCUAAGUUAGGCAGAAUCAAUGAAGGUCUAUUUCUCUGUUUUUCCUUCUCUUUAUCGAUUUUAUGUUGUGGGUUAGCUUAACUAUUUUGGGUUAAUUGUUGAAUGUUGUAACUUUCGGUCUGCUUAGUAUGUGAAGCUUUUGAAGAUUCAAAAGUGUUUUGAAGUGUGGUUAAUGCUAAUUGCUAAAUGCUUGGAGUUGAAGUUUUUUCA